UCCUAUUCCGUUUACUAUCCGCCUCAUCCGUGAGGUCUGUAUUAGAGAUUUCCAUCAGAGGGUGGCUCUAGAAUCCCAUCACAAUUGCGAGGACAUUACUAACAUCUACUUCUGAGACUUUGCAACGUUGAGGAAAUAUACCGGAGUGUCCGACUCCAUUCAUACUUUUAUCAGUUCACUUACCUUCACGAACAAGGGGGACGUGAACACAAAGAUAUAUUGUAAAAGCGUGGAAUGGAUUAAGUGCCAUUGAGGAAAGCUGGAGCACCACAGACGAACGAAGCGAAGGAGACGGGGUCGGAGGGAGUCGAUGAAUUUUCAACACCAACGAGAAAGAGAUUUUACUCGACCAAACCCCAAAAUGAUGUCUCCUAAAGACAAGCCCAAGAAGAAACCACCCAAAGACAGCAUGACGUUGCUGCCUUGUUUCUAUUUUGUGGAGCUACCAAUAGUGGCUUCCUCCUUGAUCUCUCUUUACUUCUUGGAGCUGACAGAUGUUUUGCAACCGGCCAAAGUAGGGUUCCGUUGCCAUGACCGCACACUGAGUAUGCCCUAUGUGGAAACAGGAGACGAGCUCAUCCCUCUGCUCAUGUUGCUCAGCCUGGCCUUUGCUGGGCCUGCAGCAUCUAUCAUGCUGGGAGAGGCCUUGAUGUACUGCAUGCAGUCCAGGCUGAAGAUUCACUCUGGUUCUGAAGGCAGUAUAAAUGCAGGAGGUUGCAACUUCAACUCCUUUUUACGCAGGACAGUGCGCUUUGUGGGUGUUCAUAUGUUUGGGCUUUGUGCCACUGCACUGGUGACUGACGUUAUUCAGCUGGCCACUGGCUACCAUGCACCCUUCUUCCUCACCGUGUGCAAACCCAACUACACUCUGCCCGGUGUGGCCUGUGAUAAAAACCCCUACAUAACCCAGGACAUCUGCUCUGGCCAGGACCAGUAUGCCAUCCUGUCAGCUAGGAAAACUUUCCCUUCCCAGCACGCCACUCUGUCUGGCUUCGCAGCCGUCUACAUAUCAAUGUACUUCAAUGCCACCAUCUCAGACAGCACCAAGCUGUUGAAGCCUGUGCUGGUGUUUGCAUUUGCCAUAGCAGCAGCCCUAGCCAGCUUGACCCAGAUCACCCAGUAUCGAAGUCACCCUAAUGAUGUCUAUGUGGGUUUUGUGAUUGGAGCUGGCAUCGCUGUUUAUCUAGCAUUAUAUGCGGUUGGGAACUUUAAGUCCAAUAAAGAGUCCUCCCCUAAGCCAUUGAGGCAGACCCAUCCUCCACAAAAAGAUCCUCUAAAAGAACUGACCCAGCGUGGCCAUGACUCAGUGUACCAAAAGGCCCAUGCUUCUGAGAGCAACGAUGAACUGUCUGCCCCGCCACAUGUCGCUGGCCUGAAUCGUAAGGUGCGUCGAGAGAAGGCCUCCAUGGGCAGCCUGAAAAGAGCUAGUGCAGAUGUGGAGCUCCUGGCUCCUCGCAGCCCAAUGGGAAAGGAGACCAUGGUGACCUUCAGUAACACGCUUCCUCGUGCCAGUACCAAUGCUAUGGAGGAGACUGCCCAGCGACACAUGACUUUCCAUGUGCCAAUGGACUCCCACCAUUCGAAAAAGCUGGUGUCUGAAUGGAAGCAGAAAUCCAUGGAGAUGCGGAGUCUUAGCCUAAGAGACGAUGAGGAGGAGGGAGCAACUACAGAGGGAGUUGAUGGAGUCGAGAGGGAAGCCAAAGAAGAGCUUGGCAUGCCAUCCUCCCUUUAUCCAAAUGUGCAAGCCAACAGGGGAGCAGCAGCUACAGCAACGGCUGCAGGGGGUGCCAGGGUGAUGAUGCCUCAGAGGCCUGGAGCUCCGCAGUUGGUUCAUAUACCUGAGGAAGCUACCAGACCACCUCCAGUUUCACCUAAAAGUUCCACCACACGGGCUAAAUGGCUGUCCAUGACAGAGAAGGGAAGCCCGGUACAAGCAGCCACCCCAGAACCUCCAAGGCUGCCCAACCAGCCUCGGGUUAUGCAGGUCAUUGCCAUGUCUAAGCAACACGGCCCGGUUACAGUUACCACACCCAAGUCCUCAGAAACGGCCUCUUCUUGUGCCACUUCCAGCACAGGCUCAGAGUCUCCGUACUACCGCAUCCCCUCAGACCGAGACAGCGCCAGCAUUGUCACAGUUGACGCUCACGCCCCUCACCACCCAGUGGUGCGCCUGUCUUCAAGCAAUGGAAACACCUGGGAUUGGAGGAGCACCUCCAACGGCAGCACCGAUGUCCAUGAGACCAGCCGAACACUGCCCAGGCAGGACUGCCUACGUGAUUAUCGUCCCAUCAAAACAGACUCCCUCCGCUCCACUACCAGUGAGCCGGACCCAGGGAUUCUGCCUCCCCCACCUCACCCCGACCUGCUGUUGGACAGCAGACUUAGCCGAGAUUUGUCUCUUCAUCGCAAAUCCUCAGUCUCGGCUAAAGAUUGGGAGCCUGGACAGCCCCACCCAGAACCUGACCACUUCUUCAAAAACUUGCAAACUAACAGGAAGUUUACAGACUAAGGAGUGUCUUGUAGGCCAAAGAAGGAACACUACAGAGUUCUUUCAGAGGACAUUUUUUUUUCGGUGGAUGGUGAGAGAAGGCUUCUUGGUUAUCUCAUAUUGAGCAUCUGGGGUGGAUUAGUGCAGUGGAGAGCCAGAAGGCUCACACAAACUUGAGGGACUAAGUCUAUAUGCACAAUCUGUGAGGAAUGCUGCACCACAAACCUGAUUAGCCCAAGCUGUAAUUAAUAAAUUUUUCAAGGUUUUCUGUGUCCCACUAUUUUCACAAAUUCAAUGUGCAGGAAAAUUUGCCUGCCUCUUUCAAGAUCAAGCUAUCACAUGUUCAGUGAUAUUUCUCGUGAGUCCAGACAACAUACAAUAAUAUUUACAUUUUAGAUAUUUUAUUUUAGGUUUUAUUCCUACACAAGGAAUUACAUCUUAUUGUACAAGAGGAACUCAUGUUGUUGUGCUCUCAUGACUUGCUGGGACAAAAGAACAGAGACAAUUUUAAUGUUGGCUAGAAAUAUUGACAGGUAAGUAAUCUCAUCACACCGCUUUUCUGUGAAUCCUUAAUGAACGCUUUUUGCUGUGUAUGGAAUCGUAUGUAGGCCUAGUCACUUUCUGCUUUUUAUACUAAAAUAUGAAGUACUCUUGCUUGUUUGUGUGUUGCACGUGUGUUUAUUUAUGUCUUCUAGACCUUGGAUGGACUGUUAUAUAUCAGUAGGGAUGGCCUCUUUCAUUUUGCU